AUGGAAUAUCACCUGGUAGUUCUUGUUCAUGGGCUCUGGGGCAAUACAUCCCAUUUCGACUACAUCAAAUCGCAGCUAGAGAGCAACGAGUCUCUUCACAAAAGCUCCAAAGAGACCAUUGUUGUAUACAGAACAGGCUCAAAUGAGGGCUACAAGACCUAUGACGGUAUUGAUCUUUGUGGCGGUCGCGUUGCGUUUGAAAUAGAGCGAGAAAUAGAGUUACUAAACUCCAAGGGGAAUGUGACAAAGUUUUCAAUCCUUGGAUAUUCAUUGGGUGGUCUUAUAGCCAGAUACGCAAUUGGUUUGCUUUAUUACAAAGACGUAUUCAAAAAUAUUGAGCUGAUCAACUUCACGUCGUUUUGUUGUCCCCAUGUCGGGGUUCUAGCUCCAGGUACUGGGAUGGCUGUCAAGUUCUUCAACUGGCUGGUCCCUAUACUGCUCGCAAACAGCGGCAAGCAGAUGUUUUUGCGCGACAGGGUCAAGACCACCAAAUUCUCGAUUCCAGAAGGUUCUAGAAACUCAUCUUCAACAGAUCUCAAAAGUCUUGGCACAGAGAUCACUCUGGAACAACCCCUUCUGCUGCUGAUGGCCAGUCCGAACUCUGUCUUCUACAAGGCUCUCAGCAGCUUCAAACAUCACGUGUUGUAUUCCAAUGUUGUCAACGACAAACGUACGUCUUGGUGGUCUGCUGGUAUUUCGAUGAUGAACCCGUUCGAGGUCCUGGACACCAAUCCGAAUGUGAUGAUCGACGAAGACGGAGUGAUCAAUUUUGAGAACGGCUCCAAGUUCGAGCUUCACUUUGUGAAGAACUAUGAGCCCACAGUUUUGGAUGUGAACUCGCCAAUUAAGCUGCAGAAGGAUCUGGCUGUAAUUGAGCUCAAGCAGACCGUUAAUCCACUCAAGGGUAAUGUUGCACCAGCUGGUCGUCGCAGAGGGGUUGGUGUUGAACAGCAGAACAACGCUCUUCCAUCUGGCAACUUCUUCCAGCGCAAAUUCAAGUGGGUCAAUUUUUUGCUGAACUUUCUGGUCUACGCUCCUGUUUGGGUUAUCUGGUUCAUUGGAAACAACUUAAUCCAACGGGUCAACUCUGGUCUGCGAGUUCUACGCGAGUCAGAUAGGAGCGAUGUAUUGAAUGAACUUUACAGUUUCUCAGUGGAGGAUGAGCACACGGUCACAGAUGUUCCUCAAGAAGUUGAAGCCUCCAUUGAGGCAGAAAUGUUGAUCACAGAUGAAAAACGUAAACGUCGUCCAAGUCUUACGAGGAAGCUUUCAGAGACAUACGAGGAUCUGGGUAAGAACAUUGAGGCCAAUAUCCACGAUCACACCGAUGGUUUGCUGGAAUCGAUGUGGGAUGCCAUGACUUCCAAACCUGCGGGAGAACCUACUCUUUUUGAGCAAGAACAUCUACUUACUCCUCAACAGUCUGCCAAAAUUCCCCCUGAGGAUAUCGUCACAAUCACCACCACUUUGGAGAAACUGUCCAAGCACGAGUUCAAGCCCCAGGCUGAAGUGGAGACCAAAAUUUCAUCACCUCCAAAGGAAGAUCUUGAAGAGCUGGUGCUGAAGCCGUUUCAAUUGGCCCUUUCCGAGGAACAAUUGGCUAUUAUACACAAUCUCAACCAGCUAAAAUGGAGAAAAUUUCCAAUCUACAUUACAGGCACAAUGGCAACGCAUGCGGCUGCCAUAGUUAGACAUCGCGACGAGAACUUUGCUGAAGGUGAAGUUGUCGUGAGACAUUGGAUUGACGAAGAGUUUAGGCGUGAUUGA